AUGAACGCCAACGCUCCAACAUUUGUUCCUUCCUCGGCCACUACAACGACCCCUGCUUCAGAUGGCCAGAAGGCUUUGACUACUACUACCACUACCCAUCAUCAACAUCUCCCUCGUGACAAGAAACAAAAACGCCGCAACAAUCACCGCAGCAACAAAUCAGCUCCAGCUACUACCACGCAUGAUCGUCCUUCCAAUCACCAAUCACCCCAAUCACGUGCUAGAGAACCUCGAUCUCAGAGAAAUAAGAGAAACGAUCAUCAAGUGGAGCAUACAGCACAAUCACCACCCUCUGCCACUGUUGUGGAUAAGAAAGGACGUGUCUCUUUGAAUCAUCUAUUGAACUUUACGUUUCCUGAGAGACAAGCACCACCACCCACGCAUGGACCAAGACGUCGACAUGUUCAACAUGCACCUUACAACAAAGAACGCUUCUUGAAUGCCAAUUUCCGUUUCAUUGUGAGUGCGACAGGAGAAUAUCAGGUCCAUUUGGCCGAUCCAGAUUGUGCAUUUGAAUGGCAUACGGUUGAACAAGUAUUAUUGAUUGCAUCAUCCGAAGAGGAACAUGCUUGUCCUAUCUGCCUAUCACCACCAAGUGCUGCCCGAGUCACCAAAUGUGGUCAUGUUUUUUGUCUACCAUGCGUUUUACAUUACCUUGCUUUACGUGAGAAUCCCAAACGACAAUGGCGAAAGUGUCCUAUUUGUUGGGAUGCUAUUUACGAGCGUGAUAUCAAGCCAGUGAAAUUGCUAGUGAGCCCUUGGUCUGCACGCCGUAUUCGUACAGGAGAUCAUCUCGACAUGUCAUUGAUCUAUCGUACUGCUGGAUCUACGCUCGCAUUCCCUAUCUCGGAUACAUGGCCACUCCAAGACUCAGUAGUGGAUGCUUACCUUGGUCGCAAUACGCCACUCACACCAUGGCAAUUUACACCCGAUGCAAUGCAUUUCGCUCGCUUCAUGCUCGCUAGUCCUGAUUAUCUAAAUGAUGAGUUUUUGCGUGAUCGAUCCGAACUUCAAGAGGCUAUCAAGGAUGCUAAGGAAUGGGGAUCCACGGAUGAAAUUCCCUUUAUUUUGGAGGCUGUCGAACGUGUCGAUGUCGCUAUUGAUCGUGCAAGACGUCAACAUAGUAAAAAGAUUGACCUUGCUAUCCACACAUCAAAGACUAUGUUUGAGGUUGCAGCAUCAUCUGAUAUCAAACCAUCACCAGUGACUAUUGAAUCAGCUGCAGAGGAAAAAUCAUCCACGAAUGAGAAUCAGCAGGAAGAGAAAGCUGAUGAAGUCCCAAUGGCAUAUCUCGUACAGCAGCAGCAUCAUAUUGGAAAUGGCCAUGCUAGUGAUCCAAAGCAACAACAACAACAACAGCAAAAGCAGCAUCAGCCAUCCAACACAGCCUCACAUGCAGACUACUACUUUUUCCAAGCCAAUGAUGGACAACAUGUGUAUCUACAUCCACUCGAUAGUCGUGUCAUGAAGCAUGAGUACGGUGAUUAUAGCCAUUUCCCUCUCAAGCUACAAGUCAAAGUAGAAGGUGUUGAAGAAACUUCCAUGACAGAGGAUCUACGCAAACGAUUCAAGUAUCUUAGUCAUCUUCCUUUGGCAUGUGAUGUGACAUUCGUUGAAGUCGAUUUGAAAACACUGGUCUCUAAAGCUACGCUCAAUGUCUUUGGCAAUGAACUCAAGCAGCGUGACAAAAAACGACAAGAGAGAGUGCGACGUGAGGAGCGUAUGCGUAAAGCUGCUGAAGCACGACAAAAGAAGCAGACGCGUCGUUAUGAGGAGGAAAAUCGAAGAUUGAUGGAUAGUGACCCCUUCUUCCAAAUCAACCAACCUAUGCGCCCUGAAGAGAAUGAUGAAAUGUUGGCACGUGCCAUUGAGAUAUCCACUCAGGAGCAGGGAAAUUCAAGUGGACCGCGCACUGUAUGGGGUACUCGUGCUGUACCUACACAAGAGGAAGAACAAGCUGCUCAAAGCAAUGAAUGGGCCGAUCAUAUCAUUAUUACCACAAAGAAGAAGAAGAAUAAGCAUAGAAAAAAGUGA